GCUCCGCAGUGGGGCCGACUGCCCGCGGCCCCCGACCCGCCGGGACCCAGCGCUGGCCGCGCCACCGCCCCGCCGGCGCCCCCCCCACCCGUUUGGCAAGAUGUCGGUGAAGGAGGGAGCACAGCGCAAGUGGGCAGCGCUGAAGGAGAAGCUGGGGCCGCAGGACUCGGACCCCACGGAGGCCAACCUGGAGAGUGCCGACCCUGAGCUCUGCAUCCGGCUGCUCCAGAUGCCCUCCGUGGUCAACUACUCAGGCCUGCGCAAGCGCCUGGAGAGCAGUGAUGGCGGCUGGAUGGUGCAGUUCCUGGAGCAGAGCGGCCUGGACCUGCUGCUGGAGGCGCUGGCCCGGCUGUCGGGCCGUGGCGUGGCUCGCAUCGCGGACGCCCUGCUGCAGCUCACCUGCGUCAGCUGCGUGCGUGCCGUCAUGAACUCGCAGCAGGGCAUCGAGUACAUCCUCAGCAACCAGGGCUACGUGCGCCAGCUGUCCCAGGCCCUGGACACAUCCAAUGUGAUGGUCAAGAAGCAGGUGUUUGAGCUGCUGGCCGCCCUGUGCAUCUACUCGCCCGAGGGCCACGCACUGACCCUCGAUGCCCUGGACCACUACAAGACGGUGUGCAGCCAGCAGUACCGCUUCAGUGUCAUCAUGAACGAGCUCUCUGACAGUGACAAUGUGCCCUACGUGGUCACCCUGCUCAGCGUGGUCAACGCUGUCAUCCUUGGCCCCGAGGACCUCCGUACCCGCACCCAGCUGCGGAGCGAGUUCAUCGGGCUGCAGCUUCUGGACAUUCUGACCCGACUGCGAGACCUGGAGGACGCUGACCUGCUGAUCCAGCUGGAGGCCUUUGAGGAGGCCAAGGCAGAGGACGAGGAGGAGCUGCAGCGUGUGUGCGAUGGCCUCAACAUGAACAGCCACCAAGAAGUCUUUGCAGCCCUGUUCCACAAGGUGAGCUGCUCUCCGGUGUCAGCCCAGCUGCUGUCAGUGCUACAAGGCCUCCUGCACCUGGAGCCCACCAGCCGCUCAGGACAGCUGCUCUGGGAGGCCCUGGAGAGCCUGGUGAACCGGGCCGUGCUCCUGGCCAGUGAUGCCCAGGAAUGCACCCUGGAGGAGGUGGCUGAGCGUCUGCUGUUCAGCAGAGGGAGGCCCCGACCCACCUCCCUGGACAAGGCCCACAAGAGCAUCCAGGCCAACCUAGGCCAGAGUCCAAGGGACAGGUCCCCCCCAAAGACUACUGCUCCCAUGGCUGGCAUGGAGGGUCAGCAGCAGGCCGCAGCUCCUGCCCACCAGCACCCAGUUGGCCUCCAGAGUCCCAGUGGGGAGACAGCCCCCCAGCAGCCAGCACACCCCCCACCUCCACCCGCACCGCCCCUCCCCAGUUCCAGCCCUGGGCCCCUUUCACCCCCACCUUCCCUGCCAAGCCUGGAAGCUGUGUCUCCCCCAGUACCCCCUCCACCUCCAUUGCCAGGCCUAGGAUCCAUGUCUCCUCCCCCAGCACCCCCUCCACCCCCACCUCCUUUGCCUGACCUGGGGACCACUCCUUCCCCAGUACCCCCUCCACCUCCCUUGCCAGACCUGGGGACCACGCCUCCCCCAGUACUGCCCCCACCCCCACCUCCCUUGCCAGGCCUGGGGGCCAUGUCUCCCCCAGCACCCCCUCUGCCACCUCCCCUGCCUGGCUCCUGCGGGAUCUUGCCCCCACCACCUCCUCCACUCCCCCCCCCACCGCCUGGAGGGGGCUGGGGCCCCCCUCCACCUCCAACCCUGCCUGCGGGUGGCGUGGAAGAGCUCAUUGUGGCCCACGUGGACCACAGCCUGGGCUCGGCCUGGGUCCCCAGCCACCGCAGGGUGAACCCACCCACACUGCGCAUGAAGAAACUGAACUGGCAGAAACUUCCGUCCAACGUGGCCCGAGAGCGCAACUCCAUGUGGGCGACACUCAGCAGCCCUGGCACAGAUGUGGUGGAGCCUGACUUCUCCAGCAUUGAGCGGCUCUUCUCCUUCCCCGUGGCCAAGCCCAAGGAGCCCACAGCUGCCCCAGCCAGGAAGGAGCCCAAGGAGGUCACUUUUCUUGACUCCAAGAAGAGCCUGAACCUCAACAUCUUCCUGAAGCAGUUUAAGUGCUCCAACGAGGAGGUCACCGCCAUGAUCCGGGCUGGGGACACCACCAAGUUUGACGUGGAGGUUCUCAAACAGCUCCUGAAACUACUUCCAGAGAAGCACGAGAUCGAAAACCUGAGGACAUUCACAGAGGAGCGAGCCAAGCUGGCCAACGCCGACCAGUUCUACGUCCUCCUGCUGGACAUUCCUUGCUACCAGCUGCGGCUGGAGUGCAUGCUGCUGUGUGAGGGCACGGCCAUUGUGCUGGACAUGGUGCGACCCAAGGCCCAGCUGGUGCUCGCCGCCUGUGAGAGCCUGCUCACCAGUCACCGGCUGCCUGUCUUCUGCCAACUGAUCCUGAAAAUCGGGAACUUCCUCAACUAUGGCAGCCACACCGGGGACGCUGAUGGCUUCAAGAUGAGCACCUUGCUGAAGCUCACAGAGACCAAGUCGCAGCAGAACCGGGUGACGCUGUUGCACCACGUGCUGGAGGAAGUGGAACAGAGCCACCCUGACCUCCUGCAGCUGCCCCAGGACCUGGCACAGCCCUCCCAGGCCGCAGGAAUCAACCUGGAGGUUAUCCGCUCCGAAGCCAGCACCAACAUGAAGAAGCUUCUGGGGACGGAGCGGAAGGUGUCCACCUCUGACCCUGAGGUGCAGGAGCAGUAUGCCCAGCGCCUCCAGGACAGCAUCGCGGCCUCCCAGGCUUUGGACGACGUGUUUGAGACCAUCGAGCAGAAGAAGCUGGAGCUGGCCGACUACCUGUGUGAGGACCCCCAGCAGCUGUCCCUGGAGGACACCUUCAGCACCAUGAAGACCUUCCGGGACCUCUUCACCCGUGCCCUGAAGGAGAACAAGGACAGGAAGGAGCAGGUGGCAAAGGCGGAGAGGAGGAAGCAGCAGCUGGCAGAGGAGGAGGCACGGAGGCCGCGGGGCGAGGAUGGGAAGCCUGUCAGGAAGGGCCCUGGGAGGCAGGAGGAGGUGUGUGUCAUCGAUGCCCUGCUGGCCGACAUCAGGAAGGGCUUCCAGCUGCGCAAGACGGCCCGAGGCCGGGGGGACAGCGAGGUGGGCAGCAAGGCCUCAGCAGAACUCCCGCGGGCCACAGUGCCAGCAGCCGCCAGUGACCCUGCACAGAGCCCCCGUGGGGAUGCCAGCCACCCCGCCCCUGAGCUGGGCCUUGAUGCUGCCGCAGCUGGGAGACCACAGGGCUGGGACCUUGUGGAUGCCGUGACUCCCAGCCCAGGGCCCCCUGGGGAGGAGGGCAGUCCGCGGCCCUUGGAGAGGCGCUCCUCCUGGUACGUGGAUGCCAGCGACUUCCUGGCCCCCGAGGACACGCUGAAUCCCCCGCCUCCCGAGGGGGCCUGGCCAGUGACUCUGGGAGACAGCCGGGCCCUGAAGCCCCUCCAGUUCUCUGGAGACAAGCCCCCCGGGGCCGAGAGUUCAAGCCAGGACCCGGAGGAGCUUGGAGGCUUGCAGGGCGUCCACCAGGCCAAGGCACACGGCACAGGCCAAGGACCAGAGGACACAGCUGUCCAGGGCCAAAGUGCUGGCCUCCCUGCCACAGGCCCUGGUGGGGACGAGGAUGAGGAAGACACAGCCCCUGAGUCUGCACUGGACACAUCCUUGGACAAGUCCUUCUCCGAGGACGCAGUGACAGACUCCUCGGGGUCUGGCACCCUCCCCAGGUCCCGAGGCCGGGCCUCAAAGGGGACAAGCAAGAGAAGGAAGAAGCGUCCCUCAAGGAGCCAGGAAGAAGUUGCCCCUGGUUCUGACGCUAAUGUAACAAAAAGACUGUGUGCCGUCCAGUGAGAGAACCACCACCUGGGUGACUGGGGCCCCAGGAAGAAGUCCUGCCCUUCUAGUGUCCCAGCUCUCUGGGAAAAUGUGGCCCCGACAGGACAUUGACAAGAUCAGGACGACAGUGCCCAGAAGUGCAGAGACGGCAACGCCUAGCCUCGCCAGCCCUGUGCUGCCCCCCGCCAGGCUGGAGGGCCAUGGGAGAGUGUGGGUGGCGUGAGGCUGCCCCUCGUCACCCAGGGUGUGUUAGUCAGCUUUUUUGCUGCUGUGACUAAAGGGACUCGACCAGCACAACUGUAGAGGAGAAGUUGAUUUGGGGACUCACGGUUUCAGAGGCCUCAGACCAGAGACAGCAGGCCCCACUCCUCGGGGCUCAAGAUGAGGCAGGACAUCAUGGCCGAAGAGUGUGGCCCAGGGAAGCAGCUGACACGUGACCAGGAGGCAGAGACUCCUCUCUCCAGAUACAAAAUGGAGACCCAAGGCCACGCCCAGGGCCACCUCCCAGCCACAGCCACCACUUAGUCACCACUCAGUUAACCCCGCCAGGGGGUUGACUCUCUGGCUGAGGCUCCCGCAGCCCGGUCGUGUCUCCUCUGACCUUCCUGUGUUGUCUCACGUGGACCCUUGGGGGACACCUCACUCCAAACCCUAGCACAGUGACAUCUGCCAAGCACGGAGGCCCACGGUGCACCCCAGACACCAGAGCAGCUAGGCAGACACGGCCCGUGUCCCACAGCACCUCCCAGAGGGGGUGCCUGGUGUCUCUGGAGGCGAGGUUCUGUCCGGAGCCAGGGUAUUUGGAGUCACUACUCAGUGCCCUCCGCUCCGCAGGUCCUGCCUCUUGUCUCCUCUGAUGUUUUGGGAGAUCCCGUGGCUCUGGUGUGUCUGGGUGGCCUCCCCCGGUGGGGACAGGAACCCCAGCAGAGGGCGCCGGGAGGGCCUGGGCUCUGUGCUGACGUGACGCUGACUUGUGGCUGAGGCGGUGGUGGCCACAGACCUCCCAGGAUGCAAGGCUACAGCUGGGGUGCCACCAGAGCCACACCCCCCUUGCCAUCCUGCAGCAGGGUGCCCAUCGUCUCUUCUAGGUCUCCUCCCCUUCCUUUGCUGCCUCUGUCUUCAGUGCAGGGUGCUCCACCAAGCCCGGCCCUUUCCUGUGCCUCUGGGUCAGCAGCCCCCCGUUCUCUGAGCACCCCUACUCUGGGCCCAGCCUGCAGUGCCCUCCUGUCUGGUUCCCUGGGGUGGGAGGGUCCUGAAGUCCCCCUGAGUGAUUUUACCUUUGCUCCUGCUCACUGUCUCUUUUGAACAUUGGGUUUUCAAACCCAGGUCCCCCUGGGGAGGCCAGGAUACUGCCUGUCCCCUGUACCAGGGUGGCAGUAAGGGAGGGCUCUUGGGAUAGCUGAGUAAAGGCCACAGACAGGAGCCCAGGGUGCCGGGGACAGGGCACCUGUGGGGUCAGCAGGGAGGCGAUCCAGCUGAGGGGACUGCGGGCACUGAGCCCUGGGGCUCUCAGCAUGCAAUGGAGAACAGGCAGGACAGAGUCCAGCAGAGGGGCCAGGAGGGGCAGGCAUGGAGGGAGCUCCAGGUAGGAUCAGUGAGUGUGGACAUGGGGGAGCUGAGCCACGUGGUCCCAUCUCAGCAGAGGAUACAGCUCAGGGCACCAAGCCUUGUGGAAACGGGCCCUCCACAGGUGCCUCCUGCUCACAUCAUGUAGGUACCUUCCACCUGGAUAAAUUUUGCUGCCCCAGGGAAAGACCCUGGGGUCCGAGUGGACCUGGGAUACAUAACUCAGUCCUGCCAAUGGUUGUAGAGGAGUGCAGGGGCCUAGGACCCUGAAGAGGGCACCCAGAGUCGUCCCCAGCAAGAUAGUUUCUUAUGAUGUCAUUUUCUCUUCCUUUCCACAGGCCUCAGACCCAAGCCCAAAGCCAAGUGAGAGAGUCCUGGGCAGCCUGGGCACAGCAGCGGGCAGCUGGAUGUAAUGUUAGAAAUGAAUGAAGCUUUCCAGGGCCAGGCUGGGACUGAGCCCCUGAGAACCAAACCUCCGUGCCUUGCCCAGCCAGGGCCUCCGGAAGCCUCCCUGGGUCGUCCUGGCUGGAACCCCGCAGGCACCCAUGCCCUGGGCCCGCCCUCCCCCCCUGGGCCUCUUGCACGCCCACCUGGUGGUCUGCUCUUCAGCCACCACCCAGCCCUGCACCUGCAUGUGCCACAGUGGGCUCCUCCCAUCUGCCUGCAUCGCCUCCACGGCCCUCGGGAGCUGGGCCUGUAGUGGGCACAGCGCCCCUGCCCAGCUUCCCACUGCUCAGCCGCUUUUUAACUGGAAUGCUGUCCCCUGAGGCCUUGCUGUUCCGAGGCAGCUGGCUUGGGGACGGUGAGGGGGCUCCAGGCCUAGGGUGAGGCGGGCCCUGCUGUGGGCAGGCCAAGGUCCCCUCCGUUUCUGGCCCCUGGAGGUAGGGAGGGGUCUGCCUCUGGACACAGCCAGGCCUGCCAACCCUGCGCUGGGCUGGCCCCAAGGGAUGGGGAGGGUCCACCUGCGCAGCCACAUGGUGGCUCUCAGCAGCUGCUGGGGUCUCCUCAGUAUCUGCCCUGUGAGGGGCAGCCCGGCCCUGCCUCCUCCCACCCCCAGGUGUGUGCUGAGGAGGCUGGAGGCCAGCAGGGACUCUUGACCAAUAAAAACCAAGCCUGGUCAGCUGUGA